UGUGAUGAUCAUUAGUUGAGCGAGGACAGUUGAAUAAUUAGGAGCUCGAAGUUGCUUCUGCCUCUGGGAAAGGGCUGUUGGGCUAUUGCUUUUUUUCUUUUUAAAAAAGCCAAACAUUUGAUCACCAUCUACCGGCAGAAGUGAGUUUUUAUUAAAGAAGCUCCAGCUGCUCUCUCCUCACUGCCAGCAACCCGGCGGGACUCUCUUAGAGUGAGCUGUUUCUCAGGCCAGGCACGACAGCAGUGCUACUACAUUUGAAAGAGCAGGAAACAGCCACUGCAUGCAGAGCGUCCAGGCUUACGACUCCCUAGGCUAGUCUUCCCAGCAGCUGUGUAGCCAGUGACCCCUGGUAUUGUGGUCACAGCCCUCCUCAAAAGUGAUCGGUCACCAUCGGCGACGUUGGGAGAAAGCCGUGAUGUUGCAGAUGCUGUGGCAUUUUCUGUCUAGCUUUUUCCCUGGGGCUGGGUGCCAAGGCUCCAGAGAGGGGAACGAGAACGAAGGCAGAGGCACCCCAGCUCCUGCUCUCGGAGACCAGAUGUCAAGCUUUUUGGGGAAACAGGAUGGAAGGGCUGAGGCCACGGAAAAGAGACCGACUAUUUUGCUGGUGGUUGGACCUGCAGAGCAGUUUCCUAAGAAAAUUGUACAAGCUGGUGAUAAAGACCUCGAUGGGCAGCUAGACUUUGAAGAGUUUGUCCACUAUCUCCAAGAUCACGAGAAGAAACUGAGGCUGGUGUUCAAGAGUUUGGACAAAAAGAAUGAUGGAAGAAUCGAUGCUCAGGAAAUCAUGCAGUCCCUGCGGGACCUGGGAGUCAAGAUAUCCGAACAACAGGCAGAAAAAAUUCUCAAGAGAAUACGAACGGCCCACUUCUGGGGCCCUGUCACCUACAUGGAUAAAAACGGCACCAUGACCAUCGACUGGAACGAGUGGAGAGACUAUCAUCUUCUGCAUCCUGUGGAAAACAUCCCUGAGAUCAUCCUGUACUGGAAGCAUUCCACGAUCUUCGAUGUGGGUGAAAAUCUGACAGUCCCCGAUGAAUUCACAGUGGAGGAGAGGCAGACGGGCAUGUGGUGGAGACACCUUGUGGCCGGAGGUGGGGCCGGGGCCGUAUCCAGAACCUGCACGGCGCCCCUGGACAGACUCAAGGUGCUCAUGCAGGUCCACGCGUCCCGCACCAACAACAUGUGUAUUGUGGGCGGUUUCACCCAGAUGAUUCGUGAGGGAGGGGCCAAAUCACUCUGGCGGGGCAACGGCAUCAACGUCCUCAAAAUUGCCCCCGAGUCGGCCAUCAAAUUCAUGGCCUAUGAGCAGAUCAAGCGCCUUGUUGGGAGUGACCAGGAGACUCUGAGGAUCCAUGAGAGACUUGUGGCAGGGUCCUUGGCGGGGGCCAUCGCCCAGAGCAGCAUCUAUCCGAUGGAGGUUCUGAAGACCCGGAUGGCCCUGCGCAAGACAGGCCAGUACUCGGGCAUGCUGGACUGUGCCAGGAAGAUCCUGGCCAGAGAGGGGAUGACCGCCUUCUACAAAGGCUACGUGCCCAACAUGUUGGGGAUCAUCCCCUACGCUGGGAUAGACCUAGCUGUCUACGAGACACUCAAGAAUGCCUGGCUGCAGCGCUAUGCAGUGAACAGCGCAGACCCUGGCGUGUUUGUGCUCCUGGCCUGUGGUACCAUAUCCAGCACCUGUGGCCAGCUGGCCAGCUACCCACUGGCUCUGGUCAGGACCCGGAUGCAGGCCCAAGCUUCCAUUGAGGGCGCUCCAGAGGUGACCAUGAGCAGCCUGUUCAAACAGAUCCUGCGGACCGAGGGGGCCUUUGGGCUGUACCGGGGGCUGGCCCCCAACUUCAUGAAGGUGAUCCCAGCCGUGAGCAUCAGCUAUGUGGUAUACGAGAACCUGAAGAUCACCCUAGGUGUGCAGUCUCGGUGACGGGACGGAGGGCAGCCCCACCCCACCCGGCGGACUCGUUCAUCCUGGGCCUGCAAGAUCCGGGAUGUGUAGCCAUCUCAUUCUGUGAAUGUGCCAACACUAAGCUGACUUAAGCCAAGCUGUGAAAACCCUGGGACGCAGCCACAAGGGAGGGGGGAGAGCUGGCCGGCCCACCGGCUUUGUCCUGCUGACCCUGGCUGGCCCUCGUGUCUGUUCCAGGGUGGACCCACGGGUAUUCCUCGGGGGCCAGGGGCCAGCAGGACAUAGGCUUAUGUGCAUUAGAGACAGGACGUUUCCUGCGGUGGCUGCCAAACAGCAGGGCUUAGAGGCCGGCUUAGCUCUUCCAUCUCCUCCUCGCACCCAGAACAUUGGCCGCGGGCCCUGCCCUCUGGCCUGCUGGGCAUCUUCCCUGCACCCACUUUGCUUCUUCCUCACUGCUGUUUUAAUGUAGUAGGAGGCCUGCCAGCCCACUCUCCACACCCCUUCUCGCUCUUCUCCCUUCAGUCCGUGGGGAGAGGUGGUCCACCACCCCGACUUCCUCUGGCGAGGUCGUGCAGGAAAGAGGGAGGAGUCUGGCUGCGUGCUCACCUUCACCUGAGCUCACGGGCAGCAGGGCACCCGCAUGUGUGUCUGCAUGCGGGGGGCUGGGCCCAGCCCCUGCCCGUUGGCUGCCUGGUGUCUGUGCAUAUGGCUUCCCAGACGGCGAAUGCUGGUCCUGGAACCCAGAUGCCUCUGCCCCGUGCUUCUGGGGCACUCCUGGUGGUCUGAGCUGGCCUGGGACUCUGUCAGGACUGCACCAGCUCAGAACCAACGCCCUGUCCUC